AUGGCACCACCCCCGGCAUCACACCUGAGAGCUCACAGCUCGCCGAAACCGAUGCUAUGGCCGCUCCUGGUGCUCCUGUGCGUGCUGCAGUGCGCCGGCGGCGCGCUGGCAAUGACGGCGUCCCAGAAGACGGCGCUGCGCGAGGAGGCCCGCGCUAUGUUUAGGCAUGGGUGGGAGAACUAUAUGCAGCGGGCUUUCCCGGAGGACGAAAUCAAACCGAUAACGUGCAUGCCCCACCACCGCGACCGCGAGGACCCCAAGAACAUCGGCCGCAACGACGCAAUGGGCGACUUCUCGCUGACGGCCGUCGACACGCUGAGCAGUCUUGCGGUGAUGGCGGCGAGCAAUGCCGAGGACGCGGAGCGCUUCUGGAGGACCACGGAGGAGAUUGUGAGGAUUUAUUGGUAUAACGAGCCGAAGGAGUGUGAUGCGGGCGCCGGCGAGGACUGCGACGAGAAGACGAGCUCGUGGGGCCGCUUCCAGAACCGCAGUCGGGAGUCGAGGGGGUUUGAUAUCGAUGCGAAGGUCCAGAUAUUCGAGACCACGAUCCGGACGCUCGGGGGUCUACUAUCAGCCCACCAGUUCGCGGUGCGCUCGCUGCCAUCACUCCCGGAGAGUGUUCGCCCGCGCCGAAGGUACAACAACGAGCUGCUGUCACUGGCGGAGGACUUGGGAUCCCGUCUGCUGCCCGCGCUGACAGAGUCCCCGACGGGGUUGCCAUACCCGCGCAUCAACCUCCGCUACGGCCUGGCCAACAAGUCCAAGAACCCAAAGUACUACAAGUACCCGCGGCGGGCGCCGCACCCGCACCCCAUGCCCUGGUCGCCGCAGGGCGAGCACGAGAGCGAGAAGAACUGGAAGGUGCCCAAGAGCGCCACGCGCGAGAGCCCCUCGGAGGAGAUCACAGAGACGUGCACGGCGGGCGCCGGCUCGCUGGUGCUCGAGUUCACGGCGCUAUCCCGCCUCACCGGCGACCCGAAGUACGAGAAGGCCGCCAAGCGCGCGUUCGAGGCCGUGUGGGAGCGGCGCAGCGUGCUGGGCUUGUUUGGCGGCGGGGUCGACGCGGAGACGGGGCUGUGGAAUAGCCCUAUUGCGGGUAUUGGCGCCGGCAUGGAUAGCUUUUUCGAGUAUGCGCAGAAGGCGUUUGUGCUCUUUGCCCGAGGUGGGGAGAAGGGCGAGGAUGCCUGGUUCUGGAAUGUGUGGGAGGAGAGUAGUGCCGCAGUGUCGGCCCAUAUGAAGAUGGAUACGCCCGCGGACUGGUGGGGUAAUGUGCAUCUGGCUACGGGCGCGAACAUCAUGGGCGCGAGUGCGUGGAUUGACUCGUUGAGCGCGUUUUGGCCAGGGCUGCUGGUGGGCGGUGGGCAGGUGGAGGAGGCGGCGAAGAGUAAUCUCUUUUAUACGGCGCUGUGGAGCAGGUUCUCGGCGCUGCCGGAGAGGUGGAAUGUGAGGACUGGCACGGUGGAGGGCGGGCUCGGGUGGUAUCCGGGGAGGCCGGAGUUUAUCGAGAGCACGUAUCUGCUGUAUCGGGCGACGAAGGAUCCGUGGUAUCUGCAUGUCGGCGAGAUGAUCAUGCGGGAUCUGAAGAGACGGUGCUGGAGUAAGUGUGGAUGGGCCGGGCUGCAGGAUGUUAGGACGGGCGAGAAGCAAGACCGGAUGGAGAGCUUUUGGCUGGGUGAGACUUGGAGUUAUCUGUUUUUGCUGUUUGAUGAAGAUCACCCGCUGCACAAAGGCGAUGAUCCGUGGGUCUUUACCACCGAGGGCCAUCCGCUCAUCUUUCCAAAGUCGUCUGCGCCUCCGACUAAUAAACCGGCGGUGUACCAGCCAUUGCCGUCCUCGCUAUCAUUGACAUGCGAGAACCCCCGGCGUGGUGAUAUCUCGUUCUUUUCGCCCACUGCCUCUCGCCCGGAUACGUUCCAUGCUGCGCAGUUCACCCGUCUACACUUGUUGCCCAAAACCCCACCACUUGGUCUGUCUCCUUUGCAGCCGUCGGAUCUUGAUAUCCAUGCCGAGAACUCCUACUUCUGGUCACCCACGAACUCAACCUUCUACCCAUGGACACUCCCGCCGCACCUAAUCCGCCCAGACUCCGUCUGCGCACCCCUACCAGGCCGUGAGUCUUUCGAGCUCAUCUUCCCCUCCGCCUCCUCCUCUGCCACCUCCGGCGACGGCACCGCCGGCGUCGUAAAGCGCGUUGUUAACGGCGUCAUGGUCACCGGCAGCAUCCGCGGCAUCCGCAUGGGCCUCCUCAAGGAAUCCGACGACACCCUGCGCAUCACCAGCGUCGGCGGCACCUCGCUCGGCCGCGGCGAAACGGUAUACCUCGAGCCCGGCCUCGUCGACAAGGGAACCAAGAACGACGCAAACUUCCAGAUUGCGGCCGACGACGAGUUUGUGGACCUGAUCAUUGAGGUCGACGACGACACUGAGGUGGAGGAGAAGGAGGGGCUUGGGUAUGGCGGGUAUGGCGGGUAUGAGUUUCCCGAGCAGCUGCUAGAUAGCCGGAAUACGCCACUGGUGGAUAAGGGCACGCUCGGGGAGCUGCUGGCGAAGCUGGGGCUCGACUUGCAGAUUAGUGAUCUGCUGGCGCUGGUGGGCGGCGAGUCGACGGCCGCGAUGGAGGAGCGCCAGAAGAAGACGCAUGUCAUUGACCCCAUUGCGGCAGCGUCAAAUAUCCCGAAGCCGCCCAAAAAGAAACAUAGAACUAUACCCGCCGUCAUGGCGACUGGCCUGAGUGCCUACACGCCGCCGGAUAAACCCUUUGCGCCAGCAUCUUCGCCGGGUUCUUCAGGCUCGGCGAACCCGCGACAGCUCGCAUUCACGAAUAUCUACUUCUCGCCCGGGACGGGGUGUGUGCCGGACCCGCUGCUGCCGGCGAAUACACAGAUUGUGUUUGUGCGGCGGGGCGGGUGCACGUUCUCGCAGAAGGUGCGGAAUGUGCCGGAUGUGCGGGCGGUGAAACUGUUGGUUGUUGUGGAUGCGGAGCAGGGGGGCGAGGAGGAGCUGGUGAGGCCGCUGCUGGAUGAGGAGGCGGGGAGGCGGUGGGCGCUGCCGGUGGUGAUGGUGGCGGGGAGGGGGGUGCGCGCGGUGAGGGAGGGGCGGGUCGGGGCCGUGGGGGUGAGGUGGAGGUGGAGGGCGUUUGUGAAGGGGAGGGUGGUGGGGAACCUGGUGGUUUUGUGA